UGAAAAUAUCGAUAUGUUGGACUGCUGGCAACCCUACAGUUGAUGAAAUAAACAAUAACAGCUUCGCAUUAAAUAUUUAAAUAGCGCAAGAUGCAGCGACAAACAGAGGAGGAAACAUUUCAAUUACAGGCACUGGAGAUACGCGAGCCAGAUGAGAACUUUGAUCCACAGAAAAUGCCGAUGACGGGUGAGGAAUACCUUACCCACAUGUUGUAUGAGCGCAAACGUUGCCCGGCUGUGGUAACAAAGCGCUGCAGCAAAAUCAAAAACGAUGUAACCAACAUAGAACUAAUAGACGCCCCAGCACUGCCGCCGCAUAAAUGCCUGUUGCCGACACCGGAAUGGCGCGAUGCGCAGGUGGGAAGCUUCAAGGAAGCACGCGAACAGGUGUUUAUAAUGCGUCAGGAACUGCAGGCACAGCAAUAUGAUCAACUAAUUGAGCCACCGCUGACAACAGAUACCAGCAAGUGGUUGCAGUUUUGCCGAGAACAGCAGCCACUGCUCAGCACCUUGUUGCGUCUUAGCCAAAGCGAGCUGGAGCAGCUGCUGGAGAAUCUAAGCAAAUGGCUACAAGAUGCUGAUCAGCUGUUAGCUCAUGCUGCUGAGGAGCCAAGCACUUCCAGCGCGCCCCAGCCACCCGCUGUAGACUUAUCGCGAGAUGCUUGGUUGGCGCGUUGGCUGUACGCCACUUUGGUCUGUCUGCAUCUGCCGUUGGAGCCGUAUGUCUACAGCACACUGCGUUGCAUAGCGCGCAGCUGUGUGCAACUGCGCAAUGAGCUGCAGCCAGUGAAUGUAAAGCAAGCAGCGCCCUAUAAUUUGCUCAUAACACUGAUUGUUUUAGUAUUUGGCCAAUCCGACUUUGCAGAUUACUUAUGAGCAAGCUCUCAUCAUAAACUUU